AUGGACCCAUACAAAAGGUUUAGAUACGAACAAGGGAUCGAUGCCAAAAUAGUUGUCAUGGGUAAUACAGGUGUUGGCAAGACCAGCCUGCUACAUCGGUACACUCAGAACAAGUUCGAUCCCAAGAAUACUACUUCUACGACUGGUGCUUUCUUUGUCACCAAGAAAGUGUAUGUUGACGGUCUCAAGGUCAGGCUCCAGCUGUGGGACACUGCAGGCCAGGAGAGGUUUCGAAGUAUGGCACCUAUGUAUUAUCGAGGAGCCAACGCGGCUCUUCUCUUGUAUGAUAUAACGAAUGCUUCUACGUUUGAUGAUGUCCGGGGUUGGCUUGAAGAAUUGAAGAAAAAUUGUCCGCCUGAGCUUAUCAUUUAUAUUGUGGGGUCGAAAGCAGACCUGCACAACCAUCGACAGGUCACCUCUGAUCUUGCCCGUCUAUCUCUACACACUUGGUUCCCCCCUCCACGACCCCCAACACCACCACCAGUCCCACCACCUCAGCAGUCAACAUUAUCAUACAUUCGCCCGAGGUUCACGUCAUUUACUAGUAUCCGCUCCGUUCCACUCAGUGCUCCCACAAAGUCUUCACCACCUAACAGUGCCUCUUAUCUCGAUCCAGCAGUAAGCCGUUCAUCGGCUUUGCAGCGCAGUAACACAGGACCGGGUCUCCCUCGGUCAAGGACGACUGGUGGGUCACGAUUCGGUUCACAUUUCGGGAUACAAACAGGGGUGUGGAACGAAGUCGUCGAAACAAGUAGUAAUAGCAAUAAUGAUGACGAAGAUAUUGAAGAAGAGGAACCAGAGGAGUGGGGUCUUCACAAGGGCAUGGAACUUUUUGAAGUUUCGGCUAAAGAUGAUCUAGGAAUACAAACUCUUUUUGACUCCCUGAUUUGCUCAAUUAUCGAGAGGAAGGACACUAUCGAGCGAGAGAACGAAUUAAAGAAACGAGAUAGCGUUUUCUUAUCAUCCGUCAGCACACCAACGUGGGCCGCACAAGCUGAAGAAGAAGAAGCGCGAGAGAAAGCACAUUCGCGGGGGGGAGGAUGGAGCUGCUGUUCAUCGUAA